CAUCUAGAUUUGCACAGCUCGAUCCAUCACGAGCUCAGCUUGACAAUGGGCAAGCAAUCGCCUAGGGAACAAGAUGGUCGUGUCGUGAGGGCCUAGAGAUUACCUCGUUUCGCGCAGGAGCUACCAUGGGCAUUGCGGGUGUUGCGGGGGUUGGGUCUUGGGGCCAGUCCCCUUCUCGGCGCGCCUUCCGCCGUUCCCCCGCAGCCUUGCGCGAUUCCAUGGUCCCUUGGGCUGGCUUUUGGUUCCUAGAUUCCGGAUGAGACCGCGCGUCCCCGUGCAGUUGCUGAAAUUCCGUGCAGCGGACCUGGCGUUGAGCUUGUUGGGUGCGAAAUCCCGUGCGAGAAUUCCGUCGCGAAACGCCGCGUGCCUCUCAUUUCGCUCGUUUCGCUAAUGCACGGGGGUACUGAAUCACUGUUCCUCGGGCCAGCGGUCUCGCUUCCCGCGUCUUUUCCCUCUGCGACGCUCCUCAAGAAUUUAUUUCCUUGUUCGUAUUCACUUCCAGCCGACCUAGGGAACGUCACCAGUCCUUGUGACUUGAAGACAGCCGAGCUGCAAGUGUGAAAUCCAUCACCAGCCGUCUACGAUUGUAACCAGAACUGUAGAUCCGUCGCGAGAUGCCUUGAGAGCUGCCGGUUACAGAUUUUAGUGGCUUCUCCUCUCGUCACGAUCCGCUCCUCUUGCGAGUUUGCCUGAGUGAUUCUUCUGCCUUCAUACUCCAAGCUCUUACUCUCGAGUCUGGGCUCCACUCUCAAGCAAGCAGCCCGUUUCGCCCUCGCUUGAAGAGGUUAUGGCUACAAGCAAUGGCAAUCACGCGGAUUUGAAGAGGAGAUUGAUAAGUUGCCAGGACGUGAAGAGGGCGGCCGACGAUGCAUUAGCGCAGGUAACCACUGACGUAUGGCAACAGCUGCAGGAGCAGUCUGCAGAGGUCGACCGGCUGGAAGCAGACCUGGAAGACCUGCUGAGAGCAAAUCUGGAGCUCGAGAAGGAGGUUAAGAAACUGAAGAAGAAGGAAAGAGUGAAGGAGUUUGAGAAACUGGAAGCUAGAGUGAAGGAGCAAGAGGUGGAGAUUGAGACACUGCGAGCCAGGUUGAAGGAGUUUGAAAGCCUGGAAGCCAGAGUGAAGGAGCAAGAGGUGGAGAUUGAGACACUGCGAGCCAGGUUGAAGGAGUUUGAAAGCCUGGAAGCCAGAGUGAAGGAAUUUGAGAGGAUGGAAGCUAGAGUGAAGGAGCAUGAGAGUGAGAUUGAGACGCUGCGAGCCAGGUUGAAGGAGUGUGAGAAGCUGGAAGCUAGAGUGAAGGAGUUUGAGAUGGUGGAAGCUCGAGUGAAGGAGCAUGAGGCGGAGAUUGAAUUGCUGCGAGCGAGUGCAAGGGAUGCCGAGACAUCAAAGGAGAGGGUUAGGGAGUGCGAGAAUAUGCUGGAGGAGAGGGCGAAGGAGAUCAAGAUUCUGCAAGCCAAAGUGGAGGAUCAUGAGGAGAUUGUUAAGCAGCUAGAAGCAUCAAUUGAUGCCAAGGAUGCGAAAGUGAGCUGGUAUGAGAAGGAGGUUGAGAGGCUGAAAGCGAGAGGAAGUGAGGAGGCGGAGGAGGACUUAAAGAAGAGAGUUAGAGAGUGUGAGGGUUUGCUGGAGGACAGGGCGAAGGAGAUAGAGAUAUUGAAAGCCGGAGUGGAGGAGCAUGAGGAGAUCGUUCGGCUGCUAGAGGCGUCAAUAGAUGCCAAGGACGAGAGGGUUAGGCUGUGUGAGGAGGACGUUGCGAGGCUGCAAGCGAGAGCAAGAGAGGAUGGGAACUCAAAUGAAACGGUUAAAGAGUGUGAAGGUUUGCUGGACAGGGCGAAGGAAACAACGAAGCUGGAAGACGAAGUGCAGCAGUACAAGAUGAUGCUUAAGGCGCUGCAGGCAAUAAAUGAUAUGAAAGACUCUGGAGUGGCGUCUUUUGAGAGGGAGGUUGAGAGGCUGCGAGUGAGAGCAAGAGAGGCCAAGAGCUCAGAGGCGAAGCUUAAGGAGGCUGAGGAAGAGAUCCAAGGACUUUGGAAAAGGAUAGAGGAGUUGGAGUUGGAGUUGGAGGUUAACCAGGCCCAGAAUGUGGAGGGAGACGGGGAAGUGGAGGGGGGAGGGGAGGAGGAGGUGGAGGGGGAGGGGGAAGUGGAAGUGGAAGGGGGAGGGGAGGGGGAGUGGGAGGGCGAGCGGGAGAGGGGGUGGGAGGGGGAGGUGGAAGGGGAGGGGGAGGCGGAAGGGGAGGGGGAGUGGGGGCGGGAGUGGGAGGAGGAUAGGAACGUGGAUGGGAUCGUGGAGGACCUGACCAGAGAUUUGGAUGAGGUGAAGGAGCAGCGCAACAAUCUGCGCCAGCAGCAGAGGAACACCCAAGAGCACAGGGGGAGGGUCCAGCAGGAGCUCAUGGAAGCUCGGGAUAAGUCCCUCAAGGUGCUGCGUGACUGCUUGGGAGAUCUCAGCAGAGUGCCAGCAGAGGGAAUACCGCAGCUAGUGAGCGCCAUAGGGACUCACGUUCAGCCUGAGCUGGAGGAAGAAGAGGAGGAUUUGGUGGAAGUCAAUCCAGAGCCCAAGCUAGGGGAGGUCAUGAGGCUGCUGGGUGACACAAUCAACACGCUGCUCUCUGCAGCUCGCAGGAAGUGAGGGGCACGGUACCAACGAAAACCUCCUUGCAGCAGUGCCGUACCAACUUGAAAUGGGGUUGGCUAUCUUAGUAUGUGGCCAUCAGGUUACAAAGCAUGGUUGAAAGCUAAAAAGUCAACAAAAAUUCAGUAGUAUA